GGGGGGGGGGGGGGGGGGGGGGGGAGUUGAAUUUGGAAUGAUAAUGGAAUCCUUAUCGCAAUCGGUGAAUGAAGUGGUGGAAGAUAUCAUGAAACUUCAUAGAUCUUUACCCGCCAGACCAGGAAUCGACGAGGUCGAAGCAGCCAAGACUUUGAUCAGAAACGUCGACAAAGAAGACCAAGCCAGGCUCGACGCCAUUGCUAGACAGUCCAAGAAUCCCGAUGUACCCGAAGAGCUUUUCAAGGUUUUGCAGGAGAUGCAGAAGAACUUGGUCUACUUCCACAGCAAAGAGCAGAAGAGGGAGGCCAUGAAAUUGCUUGAUCUUGAGAACGUCCACGCUCUGUUUGAUGAAUUCAUUCAGAGAGCCUCCAAUUGCCUUUCUUCUUCCACUCGUUCUCAUAACAACACCGCCGCCGCCACCGCCGCCGCCGCUUCUUACAGCAAUGCUUCCGUCUCAACGGCCUCAGCCGCCGCCGUCGCCAACUCCUCGUCUGCAGCCCCUGCUUCUUCCGCCUCCAUUUCAAGGUCUGCGGAAAAUCCCUCGGUCGCCGCCGUUUCGUACUUCUCUGGGAAAGAAUCUACCAAGAAUUCGGAAUUGUUCACCCGAGACGAUAGCUACGUGAAGAAGUCCAAGUCAUCGUUCUACGCCGACGGAAUUGGAGUCGGACCUGGUUUUUCGACGAAGCCUCAGAUUGUAGACUCGUCGCUCAAACCUGCUACGAUUUCAGGUCAAGACAGUGAGAAAUUGAGUUUGAUAAAGCUUGCUAGUCUGAUUGAAGUCUCGGCCAAGAAAGGUACUCGGGAUCUCAAUCUCCAGAACAAGUUGAUGGAUCAAGUUGAGUGGUUGCCUGAUUCAAUUGGGAAGCUAUCUAGUUUGAUCACCUUAGAUUUGUCUGAGAAUCGGAUUUUGGCUCUCCCAACCUCCAUUGGAGGCCUUUCCUCUCUAACGAGAUUGGAUUUGCAUUCGAAUAGAAUCGCAGAGCUACCGGAGACUGUUGGAAAUCUCCUUAGCCUGGUAUUUCUAGACCUAAGUGGGAACCAGUUGACAUCCCUGCCUGCAACCAUUGGCAGAUUGGUUCGUCUUCAGGAGCUUGAUUUAAGCUCAAAUAGGCUCUCAUCGCUUACUGAGUCAAUAGGGUCCCUUGCUAGCCUCAAGAAAUUGAAUGUGGAGACCAAUGACAUUGAAGAAAUUCCUCAUACUAUUGGCCAUUGUUCCUCACUUAGAGAGCUUCGUGCUGAUUAUAACAGGCUUAAAGCCCUUCCAGAAGCUGUGGGGAAAAUUGGGACAUUGGAAAUUUUGUCAGUGCGCUAUAAUAACAUCAAACAGUUGCCCACAACUAUGUCAUCUCUAGCAAACCUGAGGGAGCUUGAUGUGAGUUUCAAUGAGCUUGAGUCUGUCCCUGAAAGCUUGUGUUUUGCCACCACACUUGUUAAGAUGAAUAUAGGAAACAAUUUUGCCGAUCUUCGAUCACUACCGAGGUCUAUAGGGAACCUCGAAAUGCUGGAAGAGUUGGAUAUCAGCAACAACCAGAUACGGGUCCUUCCAGACUCUUUCCGGAUGCUUACACGGCUUCGUGUUCUACGUGUGGAAGAAAACCCACUUGAAGUGCCACCAAGACAUGUUGUUGAGAUGGGAGCACAAGCUGUUGUUCAGUACAUGACUGAACUUUUUGAGAAGAGAGAAGUAAAGGCACAAACGGUUAAGCAGAAAAAGAGUUGGGCUCAGAUCUGCUUCUUUUCAAGGUCAAACAAAAGGAAGCGCAAUGGUGCAGAUUAUGUGAAAGCGUGAUCCCGCUUAUAAGAAAAGCUACAGUCUCUUUGUGAAGGAUAUCAACGGUUAGUAGGCGUAGAAGGAAACAGAGACCUCACUGCAACCACCUUCAUUAACUUAUGGUACAGUGGGUUUCUUGAAUUGUUGCUCUCUGACUGUUGCAUCUCAAAUUUGUAGAUUUUAUUUUCUUUCAUUUUUCCAUUUAUUGUAAUUCUUGUAAUCUUUUUUCUCUUUCUUCUUCUCUCUCUCCUUUUUUUUUUUUUUUUUUUCCUCCCAUAUGUAUUCCUGUUAUGUUCGAGCCAAAAUGAGGUGUACAAUUCCAGCCGGCUUUAUAUGGGUUACAGAUGAUGUUGUACUCUGUGUAUCACCUCCAAUGUCCAUGAUAUUUGAGGGCACACUUUCUGCCACUUUUCGUAAUACAAUUUGUUUUCAUUCAAAUGUUUGACUGGUGCAAUCUGUAUUAUAGUUUGUAGCUUAAUUUAAACAGAAAAAAUUAUUA